AUGAAUUCGACGCCAAUCUUCCGCUUCGCCCAGCUCUCCCUGAGCGCGGGCAUCCCGCGGGCGACAGUACGAAACGGCCACACCUGGUCGCGACGCAGGACGGCCAAGCCCGAACUCUCCAACUUCGCCCCCGGUCACGGCGAGCAGAUCUGGUCCAACCACGCUCUCAAGCAACUCCCCUUUAUCGCGAAAAAGUCAACCCCGGCCAAGCUCCGCAAGGACCUCUGGCGGCCCAUGGCCCUCAUCCAGUUUCCCGCGGGCGCCGGCACGGCAGGCCAGUCGGCCUUUCAGAAGCUGCGCGAAUACCGGCGGCGCCACGAGCUCGAGUGGGGCGACGAGAAGCUGUACCGGACCAAGGAGGACGCGGCGACAGGCCGGCUCGUGCGGUCGACACGCACGCGCAAAGAGCGUGGCUUCGCCAUUCACGAGCAGCGCGAGAACGCCAUUGCCGACAUGGCGGCCGUGCUCGCGGGUGGUGGCCGCGGCAGCAAGACUGUGGGUGAGCGCCGCCGAGCGGACGCUCGUCGAGGGCCGGCGGCGAACUCCGGGGCAAGCGCUGGUCGACGGACGCGCCGAAGGAGAGCAGCGCGGACAGGCAGCUGCUCGAGGCGACGGUCUUCUGGAGGGACCAGCAGGACAAGAACUUUGCGAGCGCGUGGAGCGCCAACGUCAAGCACGAGCUGUUUGAGGACGCCAAGGCGUUACAGGGCGCCGAGGCGGCUGAGGUUGAGCAGGUCGUCGACACGACGACGCCUGUCGCGAAAGAGGCGUGAGAAGGAAGGGGCAGAGCAGAUGGGAGCACAUGAGAGCAAAUGA